CAUCACGCAAGGAAGACGAGACCAAGAUCACUUGCUCCGUUGCCGCCGGCGAUCAGCGAGACCGAGAAGGCGGCGGCGCCACCGGCGACCAGCUAGCGCGUGCUGCUACGACCGAUGGCUCGGCCGCAGCAGCGGUACCGCGGCGUGCGGCAGCGCCAUUGGGGCUCCUGGGUGUCCGAGAUCCGCCACCCUCUUCUGAAGACGCGGAUAUGGCUGGGCACGUUCGAGACGGCGGAGGACGCGGCGCGCGCCUACGACGAGGCGGCGAGGAUCAUGUGCGGCCCGCGCGCGCGCACCAACUUCCCCGCCGCCGAAGCCAGCGCGGCCGCCGCCGUGGCCGCCGCCUCCUCCUCGUUCCUCUCCGCCGCCCUCGUCGCCAAGCUCCACCGGUUCAACCUGGCGUCCGUGCAGGCCACGCAGCGGCAGAGGGAGGCGGCCACGGCCGCAGCCACGCCAGCGGCAUCAUCCGCCGCGACGCCGCUGGGCAGCAAUGCCACCUUCUCCGACGACUCAGGGACGGCGACGGCGACGACGUACGGCGCGGAAUGGAGCGGCGGGUUCCUCGAGGAGCAGCACGUGGAGCAGAUGAUCGACGAGCUGCUCGACUCCAACUUCUCCAUGGAGAUCUGCUACUAGCUAGCAAGCGCUGCAUCUCCAAUGCCGCCAUGCGUGUCGCCUCUCUCCGCCUCGCUCUGUUCUUGCGCUUGCACCAGCGAGCACUGCAUCCGGAUGCCAUGCAGCUCUUUGUGGCUGUGGGUUGUGUGAGAAUGCAUCGAUCGAGCUCCAUAUUAGUUAAGCCAUACGAGUUCUUGAUCUGUUCUUCUCUAGUACAUGUAUAUUACCUAGAACUAUUAGGCUAUUAGCAUCCAGCAUAGAGUAAAAGACGAGCCUUUGUUCUGAAUUCUGGUCUUGGAUUUGCUAUAUCCAUCAGCCCAUGAGAUUCUUUCAGAGAGAGAGCUGUUGCAUUUCCGAUGUUCUUAUGCAAUGCACCACACCAAGAUCAGUACAGGUUCUGAAUGAUGAUAGUAAAAUGAAACGAACCAAUGAAUGACACUUUCCAGAAUUCACUGUAUUAAACUCUGGAAGCAAUCACAUUCAG